UUAUAUAUAGGGUAGGAGGUUUACUUUACAGGAAAAGGUUGUGGCAUUAUCAUUGUAUAAACAAUGUCAUAGUGGUUAUACAUUUCUGCAACAACUAUUUGCUUUACUAAGUAGCAAAACUUUACGACUUUUGCUGCAAAAAGUUCCAUUACAUACAGGUAUAAAUAACGUUAUAUUUUCACACCUAUUCCAGCAAUCGACAUUUAAAAAUGCGAAAGAUAAAAUAUGUAUACUCAUGUGGGAUGAAAUAUCUUUGCAACCUCAAUUGCAAUAUGAUACAAUCAAUGAUAAAAUAGUUGGCUUUGAAGAUUGGGGACAUAAACGAACGCAACGAAUAGCUGAUCAUGCACUUGUAUUUAUGCUAAGAGGUAUAAGAACUGGUUGGAAAAUACCUUUAUCGUACAAUUUUUGCAAAAGUCAAACAAAAAGUGGUCAAUUAAUAUAUUGCAUCAAAAAAAUUGUUAAGAAAGUUGUACAAUCCGGUUUCACUAUUAUUGCUACAGUAUGUGACCAGGCUACAUCAAAUGUAUCUGCAAUAAAUGAAUUAUUGAAUCAUACAAGAGGAAUGUGUUUAAGAAAUGAUGAAGAAUUUGAUGGAACGAUUAUCCUAUAUAAUCAGAAGAUAAUUCAUCUAUAUGAUCCUCCUCAUUUAAUAAAAGGAAUACGAAAUAAUUUUCUGACUAAAGAUAUUGAAAUCGAUAUAAAGUCUUCUACUGAAAGGAAGUUUGCUUCUUGGGACAUAAUUGAAACUGCUUAUCAUCUCGACAUUUUUAAUAAUACACUAAAUCGUCAGCUAAAAAAAUUAACGGAUGAACAUAUCAUAAGAAGCAAGAUAAAAAAGAUGAAAGUAAAAUUGGCAACACAAGUUUUCAGUGGAACUUUAUCAGCAUUUAUUGAAUAUAACAGUCGAAUACAAGGUUUUGUUGAAAUGAAUGUUGGGCCAUUACAAAUACCGCAAAAGGAAGGAUUUGCAACAGCACAAGUUUUGGAUUUUUUUAACAAGUUAUUUGAUUCUGUAAAUGGACUUCAACUUCAGUCAGAUAUACUCCUACGAGUCACUGUUAAAAAAAAUCAUUCAAAGCAAACAUCAUUCUUUCUGGUGUGAUGCCAUUAAACUAUUAAAAGAUAUGCGGUUUGUU